GCAAGUUCUCUGCAUAAAAUUUCUCGAAAAAAUGGAAUUUUACUACUUCACAUUGCUUCACAUUCGAAGCAGAAUCAACCGUCAAAAGUAAACCCUAUCGAUGGCGUAUAUUUAGCAGAAUUUCAAAAAUCGACUGCAAUCGACGAGAGUCCCGAUUGAUCGAUAUGGUUUUGAUUCGUGCGCGUGUAUGCGUGCGAUAUAACGAACACUAAGAUGACAGCGCGUAUACUGACGCACUUAACGAGAGGUAUCCGUUUUGCGGUGAAUGAAAGGAUGGAAAAGUAGCGUUCGAAAGUUACGGAAGAUAUCAGGUAACAUGCCCGCGUAUUUGCACGCGAUGUGGAUUCACUGGUGGACUAUGUUCGUUCGUUAAGUUACGUUAUCGCCUGUUACAUGGAGAGGUAAGUGCGUCAGGUGUAUGGCGGUCUAUGGGUGCAACAAAGACGGGACGCGUGGGAAGAUCAGAGGCAGCAAGAGGAAGCACGUACCGAGAAAACGGGUGCAGGGAAACACGAACUGAAAAGUAUCUUCGAAAGUGAACGUGAUCGAAAGCUCGUCAGAAUGGACGAGUGCAUGUUGAACGAUUUAUUGGAAUGCUCGGUAUGCCUCGAACGGUUGGAUACAUCGAGCAAAGUGCUACCUUGUCAGCAUACCUUCUGCAAGAAAUGCUUAGAGGAGAUUGUCAGUACCCAUCGAGAAUUACGAUGUCCCGAAUGCCGUGUUUUGGUCGACGCUAAAGUGGAUGAUCUACCACCUAAUGUAUUGUUGAUGCGUAUUCUGGAAGGAAUGCGCAAUGCUGCUCCCAAACAAACGGCGAAAUUUGUGAGUAAAAGCAACUCAGGACCACAGAGAUUGUUCGGUGGGCAUCAGGUUACUUCAGCUCCUAUCGUAACUACUAGUCUUACGGCUACCACAUUCGCGAAUGAACCGGUGAGACAUGCUAAUGCUGCAGCCAAGCAAGUUCAAGUACACAACCAGGCGUAUGGUAGAGCAAUCUAUGACUACAUGUCAAAAGUUCCGGGAGAUUUGUCUUUUAAGAAGGGUGACAUUGUCAUUCUUCGGAAAAAGAUUGAUAACAAUUGGUACUUUGGAGAGAGUGCCAACAAUUAUGGAGUUUUUCCAUUGUCUUAUGUUCAGGUAAUGACACCAUUGACGCCACAUGUUCCUCAAUGCAAAGCUCUCUAUGAUUUUAGGAUGACAAAUGAUGAUGAGGAUGGCUGCCUUACAUUUAAUAAGGGUGAAGUAAUUAGUGUUAUCAGAAGAGUGGAUGAAAAUUGGGCAGAAGGAAAACUUUUGGAUAGAAUUGGCAUCUUCCCAUUGGCUUUUGUGGAGCUGAAUAGCGUGGCAAGAGCUUUAAUGAAACUUUCAACAAAUGUACAACCUGGUCCAUCAAGAUUAGCACCCCCAACUCCUACUAAUGAAGAAACUACACCCCUAAUACCAACCGAUCAUUCGCGUAACGUACAAACAACAAGUCAACCACGGCCGCAACUUAUGCAGAAUACAGCUUUACCCGUUUCCGAUACUGUUUCCAAUGUAUCGUCUGGAGGUAGUUCUUCAACAACUACUCCAAAUACUCCCAAUAGUUCAAGUACUUCUAGUAGUUCUAGCACCGCUCCGAGCAGCCCUAGCAGCCCGGCAACAUCUCCUCCAGCAGUUGGAAAUAGACACAAUAUCAAGCGUCAUAGCUUCACUGCUGUUAACACUGGUCAUCAAGCUCAUCCCCACCACAGACACAGCGCUGAAAUACUUAGUCCACCUGUGGACAAUGCUGUUGGAAACAGCAAUAGCGGAUGCAGCAACGAUUCAUUCUCCCCAUUACAGACUAGCGCCAGCGAUGUGGAUCACAGCCUUCGACACAGACGAAGUGGUAGUAGCGAUCUCGUCUUCGUGCAACCGUCGCAAAGUUUGCCCGCUACCACGACCAGCAAUAGUCAUUUACCUGCUGCAUACAUAGCGUUGUACCCAUACAAACCGCAGAAAGCGGAUGAGCUCGAAUUAAGGAAAGGUGGAAUUUAUAUGGUGAUGGAACGUUGUCAGGACGGCUGGUUUAAAGGAACUUCUAACCGUACUCAGAAAUGUGGAGUCUUUCCUGGAAAUUAUGUUGCUCCUGCUAAAUGCCAACGUAGUCUAUGCCGAGGACCACCGAAUACAGGACAACAUCAGAACUUUCCAUCGUCGACCGAGUCGCGGAUUACCUUGAUAUACACCAAAAAUAAACGACCCACGCCACAGCCUUAUAAUCCACGUACAUUGCUACCACCUGAAUUACCACCACGCGCUAUCAGUCCUUCUUCGGUGGUAUCGUCGUCUUGGCACGGUCAAAGUCAAACGCAAAGUCAGGAGAAAAGUCCUCCUCGACACAGUGAACAAAAUCCGGUGAAUCCACUUGGACGUAGUCACAGCGCUGUGAUGUCAUCGAAUAUUUCUUCACCUGGGAAACAGGUAACUUUACCGCAAUCGUUGACUACUACGACUACUAUUUCUGGAAUCAGUAAUAGUAGUUCCAUCGCAACUGUCGCUGCUACUUCUUCCAUCGUAACUGAAAUGAAUCGAAGCCCGAACAGUACUUUGCGCGCGAUUGCGUCUCCUUCCUCUGCCCCUGCCACUGCUGCUACUGCAUCCAAAAAUACUGAAAAGCAGAAGGAGAAAAAAGAUAAAUGUGUGUCCUUAAUGCGUCGAUUAACUAAUAUCAAGAAAUCAAAAUCUCCGCCUCCUACUACAUAUUCAAUGGAUAAUCCUGUGUUCGACGAUGGUAACUCCAUCAACCCAGUACACGUUCGAUCGGGAUCUUGCCCAAGUCAGUUGCUACAGGUGGGAGCCACGCAGGAAUUAAAUGCUUCAAACAACCAUCAUCGUUUGUGUCCAGGCUCUGUACAAGGGCACGUCACAUCUUCACAAAGACUUAAAUACAAGGAGAGACCAUCUUUACCGGUCUCGAUCCUCCAGAGAUCCAGCGAAUCGGGUGGAAUGGUGUGUACGACAGUCGGAAAUCAUCACCGUAAGAGCAACUCUUUAGAUGCUGGUAUGGGGAAACAGACAAAACAGCAACCUUCUCGUGAACGAGAGCGAGUAUACAGAUUCCGCUGCAUCGUGCCAUAUCCACCUAACAGUGAAUUCGAACUAGAACUUCGUGUUGGAGACAUUAUUUAUGUACAUAAAAAGCGCGAUGAUGGUUGGUAUAAGGGUACACAACAAAGAACGGGUCGCACAGGACUUUUUCCAGCGAGUUUCGUUGAGGCCUUCUGAGAUACGUCGCAAGGUCAUUUGGUAUUAGAAACCUGUAUAUAAUUCUGCACAAAAAAGUCAAAAGUAACUUAUCCCGAGUCACUUUUCGAUUUUAUUUGAGGUACGCUUGUCGGUACAGGGGUAAGUGUAUAAUUUAAACAAUGAAAAUUGCUUUGUAUAGCAAUGUACUAAACAUUGUAUUGAAUAUAUACACGUGUAUAUUAUGUGCAGUACGUUCACAUAGUUUUCUGCCGCGAUUACGAUGAAUAAUUUUUGAAAUCGUAACACACGUUAAGUAUAUUGAAAUUAUUCAAAAUAUAUACUACCAUUGGUCUUAUAUUAACGAGGGAACUAAUAAGAAAAUAAGAGAUUGUGCUAUAUCGAUAACUGCCAUUUGAACAAGAAUAUUUAAAAUGAAAACUUUAUUAUUCUAUUGUUUUUUUUACUAGUAUAAAAUCAAGUAAAUUAUUCGUAAUAGGACUAAGAAUCUAUGAUGUUGAUUUGAUGUAUUUAUAUUUCAAAUCUUUGUUUGUAUGCGCUAGUUCAGCGAAAAUGAGAAUGAUUAAAAUUACAUUAUCUAUGAAGCAAACAUUAUUAUUGAAUUACGUAUUACUAUUCUAUGAAUCUUUGUUUUUUGAUACCGAAGGAUUGUUAUUUAAGUUCCAGUUUUGUGAAGAAGAUAAUAGACUGGAUUCGUUAAGGUUUCCUUUGAUCAGUUUUGAGUUGUUGCUUUUAAAGAAUUUACGUGGCAUGUUUUGUGAUACCAUUAGAGUUGUAUGUAAAAUAUGAACUUCAAAUAUCUUUAUCAUUAUGCCAUUUUCUAUCUUCAUAAGGUUAGUUUUUUUGACGAAUGUCCUUUUAUAAAUACAUGUUACACUAUCUUUAAAUAAUAAGAUUUUCACUCCUAAGUAUAUGGAAUGAUACAACAUUUUCGUAGAAUCUGUUGUUCUUUCAUUAUUAAGCUACUUUCACUUUUAUUUGUACAAAAACAUAUCUAAACUUACGUACUAAUUUCAAGUUACUCAAAGACAUGAAAUGACAAUUUUAUUAAAUAUGUAAUUAUCAAAGACUGGCCUAUAUUUCUGCACAAUGUACAUUUCCGUUAAGUAGUCUUUAGCAGAAAAUUGAGCCGCAUCUUUACUAUUUCUAGUAAAAUCGUCCUUAUAACUAUACCGUAUAAGUAGACAUAUAUCCUUUUUCUUAUUUACAAUGCAUGUACAUACACAAUCGUGUAUAAGAAGAUACACAAAUAGCCAAUUUCAGCUAAAACUGUAAGAAACUACUAAAGUUAAAGUAAUGUGCUUCCAGAGGCCGAGUAACGAUCAGUAUUUAGGUGCAAAUUUAUGUUUAUUUUCCAUUUUCAACCAUUUGGACAACAAAGAACUCCUCGCAUGUUUUGAAUUGCCAAUUUCAAUUAAAAUUUUCAUCUUUCUCUCCCGUGGUGGAAUAAAUGUUACACUGACUUUUUGUAAUUUCCCUGGCACUUUCCCUUCAUGCGACAGUCCUUUUCAAAGUGUCCUGUUCUCUCAUAUGCAUCAUAACUAGGGGUCUUUACUUGUAGAAUGCCAGACACAUUUAAAGCCACCACCUGAGUUGCGACAGUUGAUAGUGGCAGUUGCAUAGGUGCGACACAUUUAACACACGCAUUCAACAUCAUAACGUAUAUAACAAAAACUGUAUUCUUUGAAGUUCCGAGAAACGUCUGAUGACAGUUUAAUCGGUCACUAUCGUCGGUAACGACCGACCUUAUUCUUCAUCUUUAAUGUUACGCAGCUGACCAUGAUUUAAUAUAUCUGGUGCUCGUAGCAACAUAUUAUCUACAAUCGUGCACAACAUUUAUAACAACUAUACGUGUUAGUAUCGUUAUCGUAACAAUUUUAAUUAUGCCUGUUUUUAAGCAAUGCUUAUUCAUAGGAUAGUACAUACAAAAGUACAUUAAAUAAUAUUAGCAGUUUCUAAAAAUUCAGUAAGCACUCACAAGUCUGAUCAUGUAUUAUCUUUCUAUAUAUAAUGUAAUUUAUUUAAUUUAUAAAUUUGUGUUUUUCAAACACUGCAAUAAACUGUUUUAUAAAUGUUUACUAUCAUACUAUAUCUCAAUAUACAUACGAGAUUUGGCUUCUAACGUUAUCACCCCGAAAAUCGCCGUUUUCGUUGACACAUAUCGAAUUGUUGUCAUGGAAGAAGAAAUAUGAACGCAAGUUAGGGUAAUUUUUGUCGAAAUGUGAAAGUCAUUGAUAACUUUUUUUUUUAACCAUUAUAUAUUUUUUGUGCAUAGUAUUCUAGUUAACAUCGAAGAGAGUUCAGUGACCUGUAUCAACAUGGCCAGUUCCAUGUAGUCUUUUCAAACAAAACAUCGAUGACUUUCAAUUUCAAAAAACGUAAUUUUCAAAUAAAUAUACUGCCAAGCAUUCACCCAUCCAAAAUUAAAAUAUUUCUUUCUCAAAUGGUUUCCAUUGUCAGAAGAAAGAUAGUAGGAUUAUCGCGUUAGAUGCCACAUCCUAUACAUAUAUAAUGUAGAAAUAGGACACAGAGGAAGAGAAGAACGGAUGAAAGAAAAGUAACAUUUGUUUCAGCAAUUUGGAGAAUAAUAAACUAUUCUCUUUCAUCGAGAUCACCUCUUUACUUUAGUAUAUUUGUCAUUGUUAUUAUUUACGUAUUUAAGUAUUUUACGUCGCAAAUUUCAUUAAAUAUGUAUGACUUCGUAAUAAAUGAAUAGUCAAAUUUUACGGGGAAAAAAAUAUUUUUAAAAACUUUGUGACAAAAAUAAGAAGUAUUGCCCUGCUAAACAUUUUAGCAACAUUAAUAGAAGACAUUAUACAUUAUACAACAUUAAUAAUUUUAUUCUUCUUCUUCCUCUGGCGCUAGGAAGAUGUAUAUCCAUAUUCAGUAGCAUACACCUCAUAAAAAUGUAUUUAUAUGUAUGUGUUUUAUAUAACAUAGAAAUUACGUAAUUUAUUAUUAAUAGCGAUAAUAGCUUGUAAAGGAAACAUUACUUUAUUAUAAUAGAUCAAUUUCAAAUGGUAAUAUAACUAAUAACAGUCUGCAUUCAUGUGUAAUGGAAUGGACCCUACUGAAUCUUAUGAUUUUUUUAAUGAAUUCAUUAUCAUUUUAACUCGAGACAUAACAUUGGCUUAAUAAAAAAAGCAUAAAUCAGACAUAAUUUAGAAUUGUAAAUAAAAUGCGAUGGUGCAGCAAGAAACUUUAAAUAUACUUUACGACGAUAUAGUAUAAUAAAUAGUAAAAAUUGUAAUUAUUAUAUUUGAUUUUCUAUAACAUACAAUUUUGUUAUGAGGAGGAGCUUAUAGCGAAACACGCGUAGGCACAAAAUCGUAGACACUUUUCAAAAUUACCUACUUAUAUAUGAACGAUAUUCAAAUCCAGUCAACAAUCUUUUGUUAAUUUCGUUAUAGUAAUUUUUAAUCUAUCUAAGAUAGACGUUUCUAUCGAUCAUUCGUUUCACAUGCUACUUAGUACUUUCUUCUUUGUUACAAGCACACAAUAUUACGUCGAAUCCGUCUCCAUAUUAUGCCCAGCGUAAUUUACAUACCAUAGAAUUAACAUUUAAAUAAUAAAAGGUGUAAUAAAAUUCUACAAAUAACUAUUGUAAAACGUUACAUCUAUGAAUGAUUUUCUUUCCCUAUUGUAACAAUGUAAGUGAUUCAUUGCCAAUAAAUUUUAUUGUACCUGAAAAAGUUCUGACUUAAUCAAAUAAAAUAAUACUGUUCAUAACUAAUUUUUCAAAAAGCAUAUAGAAUGUGUUUUUUAAACAAAAAUAUCUUACGAAAAAUAUUUGUUUGCUUUCAGUUUACGAUAAACUUUGUAUCAUUACGUUUUCUGUUCAUUUAUUUAUAAAUUGUACUAUUUAUUUAAGCCAGUGUUGCUUUUUGUUCUCCUUGAGCCUAUCUAUACGUAUCUUCGUCGUAGCUGUACAAAUAUUACAAACAAACAAAUUACGAGAUAAAACAGAAGCGUUAACGUCAAAACUAGCAAUGUAUUUUCAAAAUUUUUCUUUCCGUAUGUGGAUGUUAGUUCACGUCUAAAAAACAGCCGAAUAUAUUUCAAUCAAAUUUGGUAUACAUGUGAACAUUUUUCUGAAUUAAAGAUAUGAUACUUUACAUCGAGCUUCGUUUGCAUUAUUUAACAAGAAAAAAUAAAUAAAUAGAUAAUGCUUUUAAUAUUCCUUCCUUUCGAUUUCAACUAAAAAAAAUUGUAUAAAAAUUGAUAUAUUAAUGCAUAGUGUAAUAUAUAUCCAUCCACGGAAGUCCAUAUAUGCAAAAGCUGUAUUCUAAAUAUUUUUUAUUCGGAACAAUGGUUGAUAAGGAACCUGUAUUUAUUCUGGAAUACAUGGUAAUACUAUUAAAACAUUAAAACAAUAUUAAUACAAAAGUUAAAUACGAUAUUC